AUGGACAUGGACGCCGCGCAUGGCCACUACCCGUGGCUCAACUUCUCCCUCUCCAACCACUGUGAGAUGGAGGACGAGGAGCGGGGAGCGGCCGCCGAGCUGGCCGCCAUCGCCGGGGCCGCGCCGCCGCCCAAGCUCGAGGACUUCCUCGGAGGCGGCAACGGGGGAAAUAAUGGCGGCGGCGGCCAGGUUGUCUCUGGAGCGACGACCACCGAAGCAGCAGAGAUGUACGACUCGGAGCUCAAGUUCUUGGCCGCCGGAUUCCUCAGCGGCAGCGGCGCAGGAACAACGGCGCCCACCGGGCCGCCCAAGGUCACUCAGGAGGAAGCUGAAGCGAAGCAGCUGAGUCUACCAUCCGUCGCGCCCCCGGCACCAGCAGAGCAGAAGAAGGCCGUCGAGUCCUUCGGCCAGAGGACCUCCAUCUACCGCGGCGUCACGCGUCACCGUUGGACUGGUAGAUACGAGGCGCAUCUGUGGGACAACAGCUGCCGGCGUGAGGGCCAGAGCCGCAAGGGCCGCCAAGUGUACUUGGGUGGCUAUGAUAAAGAGGAGAAGGCAGCUAGGGCUUACGAUCUAGCCGCGUUGAAGUACUGGGGAGCCACCACCACCACCAACUUCCCGGUUGCGGACUAUGAAAAGGAGCUCGAGGAGAUGAAGCACAUGACACGCCAGGAGUUUGUAGCUUCACUUAGGAGGAAGAGUAGCGGAUUCUCCCGUGGCGCUUCUAUAUACAGGGGUGUCACAAGACAUCACCAGCAUGGUCGAUGGCAAGCAAGGAUUGGAAGGGUGGCUGGCAACAAGGACCUCUACCUCGGAACAUUCAGCACGGAGGAGGAAGCCGCAGAAGCCUACGACAUCGCGGCCAUCAAGUUCCGAGGCCUGAACGCGGUGACCAACUUCGAGAUCGGCCGGUACAACGUGGAGAGCAUCAUAAGCAGCAAUCUCCCGAUCGGCAACAUGUCCGGCGGCACAGGCCGGGGCAGCAAAGCCCUGGAGUCCUCCAGCUCCCCCGACGCUCUCGAAGCAGCGGCGCCACCCUCGCUAACGUUCACCGCGCUCCCCAUGAAGUACGACCCGCAGCAGCAGCAGCAGGACUACCUGUCGUUCCUGGCCCUGCAGCACCAUCAACAGGGCAACCUGCAGGGGCUCGGCUACGGCCUGUACAGCUCCGGCGUCAACCUCGACUUCGCGAACGCGAAUGGCGGCGGUGCUAUGGCGCCCCAUUGCUACGGCAAUGCCGGUAGCUUCCAUGAUCAACAACAACAUCAGCACCAGCACGAGGAGCAAGAUCAGCAGGAUCAUCAGUCGCAGAGCUUGUCCAUGCCAUUCUCCACACCAAUGGCGCAUUUCGUCGGCGGGUCCUACGAAAGCUCCGUGACGCCAGGCUCCUUUGGAUACUACCCAAAUGUGGCAGCCUUUCAGACGCCGAUCUUUGGAAUGGAAUGA